AUGGCCGAAAAGUGGCAUAUAAACAAUAGUAAUAUAUUUACUGUAUUAUAUAUAUAUAUUUAGAGUUAACUUGCUAUCAGCAGAAGACUUGGCAUAUUGCAGACUUUGGACUCGACUAGUCAUAUGCAGAAAAUCCUAAUAAUAAGGCAGCCUAAGGAAAUCUACGUACUUACUUAAUUAUUAGACAGUCGACUACAUUCAGGAAACACCAGCGCCAAAAAGUAAGUGGAUUGACAAAUAAUCCAUUGUGUCCAACGGGUUAACCGUAACCGUAAAAGUUAAAACACAACAAAAAGAAAUAAAUUUUUAAGCAAACGACGACACACCAAAACUCUGCCGCUAAUUAAUUAAACAAGUGGUAAGCGCAAUGAGCAGUCAAGGGCAUCAUAAGAUGCACGGAUGUGGCGGCGGCAGCCUGGCAAAAUUGGCCAGCGUUAAAAGCAAUACAGACUCCCCCACGGAAUACACAGAUGAAAUCGACCUGGGCGAUCGCUGCUCAGCGGACAUUGCCCGCCUCUGCAUGAACGAUCGCUAUGCGGAUGUUGAGUUCAUUGUCGAGGAGCAACGCUUGCCGGCGCAUCGCGCCAUUCUCGCCGCACGCAGCAAAUACUUUCGAGCGUUACUGUACGGCGGCAUGUCGGAGGGAACACAACGGCAAAUUUCGUUAGAAGUGCCACUGGUUCCGUUUAAGGUGCUAUUGCGCUACAUCUACUCGGGCAUCCUCAAGCUGGCCACGUUGGAUGAGGACGCCGUCAUCGAUGCCUUGGGCAUGGCCAAUCAAUUCGGCUUUCAGGACCUGGAAAUGGCCAUUUCCAAAUAUUUGCGUCAGUCUCUGGCAUUGAAUAACGUCUGCAUGAUACUGGACGCAGCACGUCUUUACAAUCUCGAUGAGCUAACGCAAGUGUGCCUCAUGUUCAUGGACCGCAAUGCAGAGGAUCUCCUACAGCAUGAUACCUUUAAGAUGCUCUCAAGGGAAUCGCUGGAGGAAGUGCUGCGCCGUGAUAGCUUCUUUGCACCAGAGGUGAAAAUCUUUAUGGGUGUGUGGAAUUGGAAUUGCUAUAAUCACGAUGUUGAUAUCAAAACCGUUGCCUCCCUUAUCCGACUGCCGUUGAUUGAUAACAAGGAUCUGCUGCAAGUGGUGCGCCCAUCCGGCAUCCUCGAACCGGACAAAAUUCUUGCCGCCAUUGACGAGCGGAAGACUUCGACAACGCUGCCACAUCGUACAUCUCCGGACACGUUUCUCAUCAAUCCCGACCUGGACACAACGCAGAGCGAGUCCACCGAGCAAUUUGACACCGCACGUGAGAUAAUCCAGCGCGAUCUGCAGGACAUGACGCUGGUGGCCCCCAGCAAUCUGUCCGCUAAUGUGGCCAGUGAUCCGUUGCUAUUUCCACGCUGCAUGGUCUCCAAGAGCGCACAAGAUUUUGUCGAGCUAAUGGAGCGUGUGCUGCGCCAGUCAGAUAAAGCUGCGGAGGGCACACCGAAUCCAUUGGGUGGCGUCAUUGGGCUUCUGUUGAACGUGUACAUCAAUGAGGUGCCCAAAGUGCACAAGAAGCUGUUGAAGAGCAUGCCACAGCAAUCGGCCCUAUUUUACAACAAUUGCAUGUACCUAGCCCACUGGGUGGCCCAGCAUACCAAAGACAAUAUCGGUGACUUCCCAUCGCUGGUCAAAAUACUACAAUCGACAGGCAACAAGCAUCUGCGCGUUCAAGUUGACUGUCAGCAGUCCAUACUCAUGGAUAUCAUGAGUAGCUUUGAGUUCAAGAAUCGGCACACAUCGGUGGCACCGUUGAAAGUGGUGCGUCAGUGCCUGCGGCAACUGGAGCUGCUGAAGAACGUGUGGCAGCAGGUGCUGCCGGAGAAUGUGUACAAUAACAGUUUUUGUGAGCUGCUCCAAGCCUUUAUCAAUGAGCUGGUGCAGCGCGUUUUCAGUCUGGACGACAUUACAUGCAGUAUGAGACGCGAUCUGAGCGAUUUGAUCGAUGAGGUGCUGAAGAAGGCGCCACUCCUCUUCCACGACAAGAACGAUGUGGUGCAUGUGCGCUCCUGGCUUAAGCUGCAGCAACUCAAGAUCAUGAUGAACGCAUUGCUGAAGGAGUUCAGCGAACUCUGGUGCGACGGUGUCGGUCCGCUGACGGCCAACUAUCAUGCCGGCGAGGUAAAGCAGUUAAUACGUGCGCGCUACAUGGACACGGAUCAACGCGCCAAGGCCAUAGCGCAGAUUGUCUAAAUGCAGCAAUAAAAUUAUUUUACAUUUA